AUGGAUCAAUUAAACGUUAAAGAACAACAAGAAUUUCAACAAAUUGUUGAACAAAAACAAAUGAAAGAUUUCAUGAAUUUAUAUUCCAAUUUAGUUUCAAGAUGUUUUGAUGAUUGUGUUAAUGAUUUCACUUCUAAUAGUUUAACUUCAAAAGAAACUUCAUGUAUUGCCAAAUGUUCUGAAAAAUUCUUGAAACAUAGCGAACGUGUUGGUCAAAGAUUCCAAGAACAAAAUGCUUUAUUGAUGCAACAAGGUCCAAAAUAA